ACACUGCCGCAAAGCGGAAGUGUGGUGCUUAGCGGGAACUGGCGUCCGGAAGGUCAGCGUGUGAAGGAGGCCCUGGCAACGCGGGGUUACCCGCAGUUUCAGAGAAGCAACGGCCCAGCGGACCAUCCAGGCUUGAGGCAGCGGCGGGAAGCACCCGGUUUGCUGCGAUACCAUGGAAGGAGGCGGGGGAAGCGGCAACAAAACCACUGGGGGGUUGGCCGGCUUUUUCGGAGCUGGCGGAGCAGGUUACUCGCACGCGGAUUUGGCAGGCGUCCCGCUAACUGGUAUGAACCCUCUGUCUCCUUAUUUAAAUGUGGAUCCACGAUACCUCGUGCAGGAUACAGAUGAGUUUAUUUUACCUACUGGAGCUAAUAAAACCCGGGGCAGAUUUGAGCUGGCCUUCUUUACAAUUGGAGGGUGUUGCAUGACAGGGGCUGCAUUUGGUGCAAUGAACGGUCUUCGGCUAGGAUUGAAGGAAACCCAGAACAUGGCCUGGUCCAAACCAAGAAAUGUACAGAUUUUGAAUAUGGUGACUAGGCAAGGGGCACUUUGGGCUAAUACUCUAGGUUCUCUGGCUUUGCUCUAUAGUGCAUUUGGUGUCAUUAUUGAGAAAACACGAGGUGCAGAAGAUGACCUAAACACAGUAGCAGCCGGAACUAUGACAGGCAUGUUGUAUAAAUGUACAGGUGGCCUUCGAGGGAUAGCACGAGGUGGUCUGACAGGACUUACGCUUACCAGCCUCUAUGCACUAUAUCAUAACUGGGAGCACAUGAAAGGCUCCUUGCUCCAACAGUCACUCUGAAGAUUUUGCCAACUCAUGAAUGGAGGAGACUUCAGUAGACAUCUAGACCAUUUUAUAAGUCAGACUGGAGCUAUUCUCUCUUCUACCCUAUAAUUAGUUUGAAAAAUUAGAGAUUUCGAUUUGCUGUGAUGAAAAUCUUGGAUGGUUAACUAAGACUGGCACUCGCUCCAGCUAUUAGUGAGUUGAAGCCAAAGCCCUUUGGUGACUCACUGAGCAACAUGGUUCUCUUCUCCUUUGGAGAAGAUCUUGCACGUAUCUGUUCUCCCCCAUGAACUAGAAAACCACUUACUCCUGGAAUUCAGUUCGUGCUUGUCAGUACUGUGUCACCAAGUCUGUUUAUGUAAUGAUCCAAAACUGUAAUGCUGCACUGUAUUCCAAAUAAAGGGUAAAAACAGAACCAGUUAUAACUUCAACACACAAA